AUGUACAUCACUCCCUGCUACCUCGUCACCCGGCUCCCUGACUCCCUUCCCUCGGUCAAGGACCACUUCCCCAUUCUUUGCUCCACCACGCUCACCGUUGACCCCCUCGAGGAGCGCCUCCUUGCAGCUAAGAAGAAUAUAGUCGCUGUAGGAGCCUCUCGUGGUGACCUUCGUGCCCCAUUCUUUGAGGGAUGCUCCCGCGUUCCCCUUUUGCCUUCUGUUGCCUCUGCUGUUGCUGUCAACCUCGUUGGCACCGAGUCGGUCGGUGCAGCGUCUGCUCCUAGUAGGAGGCGCCACAGCGGCAGGAGCAAGGGGGGCAAGGGUGCUAGAGGAGACGGCGGGGGCGGCGGUGGUGGCAGUGGAGGCGGCGGAGGGGGUGGGGGUGGAGGUGAGGGUGGUGGCGGGAGUGGGAGCUUUGGUGGCGGCGGUGGCGGUGGAGGCGGCGGCGGCAGCUGCAGCGGAGGUGGCGGAGGCGGCAGCGGCGGUGGUGCUGCUCGGGGUGGCGCUGUGCAGCGGGGAGGCCUUGGUGGUGGCCAGCGUCAGCAGCAGCAGCGUUCUCGUGAGACCCUGUCGCCCCAGCAGCUUUGUGAGUGGUACGCUGGGCGUGGGAGGUCUGGGGGUGCUGGUCCUUGUGCUUACGUUCUCCGCACCGGUGAGCGCACUGGGGAGACGUGCAAAGGGCCACACGCCACGCAACGCUGGUUUGGCCGCCUGACUGACGCCUGGCGUGCACAGUUUCCUGACGCCACGGAGCUCCUUUGCUGGGGUGAUCUGCUUAGUCGGCUAGUGGCGGUCUCUCUGGCUGACCCCUCUCGCGGUCUGGUCCUUGCACACUCCUCCACAGUUCUGCCGUGUCCGGCGGACCCGUCUGGCUCUCUGUCUGGCCUCCACCUCCCCUCGUUCUCCACGAACUUGGUGAGUGGAGCUGACCUUCAGGACGCCUGGGUUGACCAGUUCACUCCUGGAAGUCAGCGGGUGACCCAUUGUUCAUGUACUCGGACGGGUCGGCACCUGGCCACGUUCACCCGUCAGCUUGGGUCGAGCCUGUACACCCUGUCGACCGUGUCUCCUCCGGUUGCUGAGUCUGGUCAGGUAGCUGCGUUGGGUCAGGGGCGGCAGCGCCCCGCUCCUCACUCCUCCGAGUUCCCUCCGACGGAGGCUCCCCUGCAGAAUCUUCACAUGGACGUGUGGGGCCCAGCCCGCGUCAGUGGACAGGGUCACGAGCGCUACUUUCUGUUGGUCGUUGACAACUACUUGCGUUACACCACAGUCUUCCCCUUGCGCCGCAAGGGUGAGGUCCCUGAGGUGCUGAUCGACUGGAUCCGCGCUGCGCGUCGUUAG